CUUCGCCGCAACACUCGCGCCACCAGAAAACCUCAGAGACCACCGCAAUCUAUUUCCUUGUCUCACCCAAAAGCCAGACGCCCCCAUACCACCCCCUUCUUCUUUCAGACUCCUCCAUAUCCUUCUUUUCCUUACUCCGUAAACAUCUAUCAGGAUGGCCCCCCUGAAGAUGCCGAGGUUGGACAGUCCCUUCGUGCAGAAUUUUCUGGCAGCCGUGAUCGUUUGCUUAACUCCCGGCAUCUAUGUUGCCCUCACUGUCCUGGGCGCCGGUGGCGGGCCAGCCAAUGCGACACAAAUGGCAAAUAUCACCAAUUCGGUCCUGUAUGCUGUGUAUUUCGUGACGGGCAUGUUCAGUGGCUCCGUAGUCACUGCAAUUGGUCCGAGGUUCACGCUUCUCUUUGGCUCCAUAGGCUACCCAGUUUUCGCGGGUGCUAUGUGGUAUUUUAGCAAUACUGGCCACAUAUGGUACCCCAUCUUCGCUGGCACCCUCCUAGGGAUUACUGCAGUUCAUCUGUGGACCGCAGCCGGCUUCAUCGCAUUCUCCUAUGCGACUGAGCAGAAGAAGGGGUCGUUCAUCUCCAUGCAAUGGGGUCUUCUCAGUUUUGGGAGCACCAUCGCGUCCUUGAUGGCCUUUGGCAUCAAUUACAAUGCUGGCGCUGUCAAGUGCCCCGACUCCGUAUACAUCGUAUUCAUCAUCCUCAUGUGUAUGGCAUUCUUUGUCGCGUUUUUCGGCAUCAUUGAUCCAGCACGUGUUCGGAGAGAUGAUGGAACUGCCAUCGCGCAGAACCCACAUCACUCUUGGAAAGCAGGAAUCAAGGCCCAGGCCCGAAUCUUUUUGGACUGGCGAAUGGUUGUGCUGAUUUUGCCUAUGUUCGGCUCCGAGAUUGCCAUCAUCGUAUUUUCCACGAUAAAUUCCCUAUAUUUCAAUAUCCGCACUCGUAGCUUAAAUUCCGUCAUGUUUGUAGCAAUGCAAGCAGUAGGUGCAAUUGGGAUCACACCGUUGCUAGAUAGUUCUAAGAUUGGUUCGAGAAGAGCCCGUGGCCUGAUCUCAACGACGUCCAUGGGGGUCCUUACUAUUGCAACUUGGAUUGGUCUACUUGUUUGGCUCGACAGAAACCCCUUGGAUCUCACGGCGCCUCCACUUUGGGAUUGGACAGGCGGCGAAUUUGCGGGAUUCCUCGUGUUGACUCUGCUGCUUGGUAUCAACAUGGUCAUCUAUCAAGUUGUUGUCCAGUGGAUUGUCGCUGCACUGACAAAUGACCCAGAGACUCUGGCUCGCUAUGCAGGGUUUGCCAAAGGAUGUCUGGCUGGUGGGCUCUGCGCUACGUUUGGCACAGAAGCCGCUGGCACUCUCACCCAGAGCCAGAUUGUCGCCUUCUCAUUUACUUUGCAGGGCACCGGACUCUUUUGCAUGCUUUGGGUCUGCUGGUUUGGGGUCAAGCAGACGAACUAUGGCCUAGAGGACACUGUCAUCAUACCUCGGGAAGUUGAGCCUCCCGCUGAGUUCGAAGAGACGAAAAAGACAACCCCAGACGUCCACUAGGUACAUUUCGGAACCUCCAUCUAGCUUUAUGGCAUGGUAGCGGAUGUACUCGUCGACUUUGAUAUGGUUCAGGUAGUGUUCCACCUAAACUACAGAGAAUGAAUACCGGACGCAACCGAGAGCGUUUGUUGAUCCCCAUGAUAUUUGUCUGGAGGCCUGGCUU